AUGAGUUGUCUGACGGAGGAAUCCGAUGGUUUUGAUUAUCCUGGAGGUAUUGAAGUGACAUACAGUCUCCAUAGACUGAUGCACUUUAACUGUGAAGGAAAAAAUCCUCGUUAUGCUUAUCCUCAGUUGGUCAAGCUUUAUGCUAAAUUAGGAGUUCACAGAUACAAUCUCUUGGAGGGAAAGAACCUAAAGUUCUGUAAGCUAAAGAGUUUUAACAUGAGGAUUAAUUGCGGUGCUUCCUCUUACUACAUCACUUUGGAUGCACGUUGCGGUUUUCCGAAAUUCCCUUUUCAGGUUCUCGUUAAUGAAAGGAUGAUUGGCUGUUUAGAUUUGGCUGUGUCUAUCGCUAGACCUCGAACUCACGAGAUUGCUUUUAGUGAUGCUAAACGGUUUUACAUGGUGAAUAAGUAUGAGUUGCAAAACAAUGGUUGGAUUUCACUUUAUUUGGAACUUGCACUCGUUAGUCACGUAAGGGAUCUUACUGAUCAUUAUCUGGCCCAGUUGGAGAUUGUGCAGGUAGCUGUAGAGACUGUUGAUGAUGUGAAGCCCCCGACACUUGACUCCAAAAACGUGGUUAUUUACAUAGUGUAUAGAGACUUUGCCGCUGGCGAGCCAUGUGAUAGCAAAGCUAUCGUCAGACGCAGUUUCAAUGAAGUUACUGAAGGUUUGAAAUUUGUGGGUGACUAUUGGAGUGAAGAGAAAAAAGCUUUGAGUACUACUGAGACGGCUUCUGUUGUUAAAGUAACUGAAAAACGUUCUAUGCAUCUCUCGGGUGGUGAGAAAACUGAGAAACGUUGUAAGAAGAAGAAACGUUUAGGUGUCCACCACAGGCUAUGGCGUUUAUCUGAUCCCAGGUGUCAUCAGGCAUACAAAAGCCGUGCUUCCGCUCGUCGUCGUCAGUGA